CCCAAGAUGGCGUCGCCCGUGGAGUGAGGCGGAAGCGAGUAAAAGGAGGGCCCGUUUGCAGCGACGAUGGGGCCAAGAUGGCGCCUUGUGGUGGCUACGCUUGUGGGGCUCAUAGCUCCACCUCUUGGAUCGGCCGCGGUGGCUUUGGAGACUGAUGGGAAAGCGACAGUGAACGUGUCCAAGGCCUCUCUGUGUUGGCGGACCGAGGACUUUGUGGUGACCCAGCCGUGUUCCCCGUGCUCCAGUUUCGAGGCGAGAAGGAACCCCGAGUGCCGCACGACCGGCUUCAUUGAGCACAUCAGCUGUAGCGGGAAGCAGGAAAUCAAGAGCUGUCGCUCCGUAGAGAUGGAGGCCCACGCCUUCUGGAAGUUCGAGGGGUCCAUGAUCGGCAUAGCGGCCCUCUUCGCCCUGCUGGUGGUAUAUCGGCACCGGAUGCUGGACCGGAAGGCCCUGGAGAAAGUCCGCAAGCAAAUCGAGUCCAUCUAGCCACGCUCGCAUCUCUUUCACCACGGAAGGGCGGCAAAGGAGCCGUUGGGUGAACCCUCCUUUGGACUUGCAGAAGGUGAAAGGGAUCCUCGUCCUCCUUGGUGGGAGCUCCCUCUGUGGCCACUUGGGGGCGCUGUUUCCCACACUCACCGUGACUCAAAAGUUUGAACUGGUACAUGGAGGCAACAGAUGCCCCUGGUGCCCGUACAGAGGGCUGCAGUCAUUUCCAUCACCACCCCUCCACACCGGGCGACCAUAACCCACCAUGAAGUGGGCCCGGUGCAUGCUGGGCUCAGCAUGUUGGCCUUUCUCCGCUGUACACCUCUCAGUAUUUAUUAAAACGGAACCACAGAGGGCUCUGGCGACCGUCCCUGCAAUUCAGAAAGGAGAACGGGGCAAGCGACGGGUCCUCGUAACCCAGCUCGUACCCAACCAUCACUCUUUCGGCACCUUGACAAAUGAAAAACCACACGAUCUCAUGUCCCGUCCCCUGCCUCUUCUGGUGCAGCCACUUCCGCGAUAUGUUAUUUGAGCUUCCCCUCAGUCAUUAAGACGUACAAGGUGGUAAAAAAAUGCUUCCAGUGGAUCAUGAGCAGCCAGCCUCAUCAAGUCUGGUUUUAGUCAGUAUUUGGGUGGGAGGGCUUUCAGGGGACCCCCACGGACAGCGCUCCCUCUGAGCUGAGUCAGUGUGAGCCGGCGUACAGCUUUUUAGCCUCCGGCUC